AUGUGUCCGGCUAUACGGAAGCCCGAAGUCGCACGGUACAUGUAUAGGUAUUAUGCGCGUGGCGAGUUCAAUUUGUUUCGAGUAACAAAAGACGCUGAUGGCUAUGUCUCGAGCUACGCGUCUAUGGGUAUGCGUGGCGCUUCACUGAGCCAUCGUAAAUACACUCAAUCCUCCGAUAAAGAAAAUAUGAUUAAUGUGGAAAAUGAACCCAUGACUAGGUCAAACUCCCACCGUAACGCUGGAGGUUUGGGUGUCUCAGACAGGAGACGUAGUGCUCGAGCUCCGUAUGACCAUGAAUCGCCGUCGAAAGGAAUCUCAAGAAGGCAGCAAACGGAUCAAGCCGUAUGGGAUCGACACACCGGCAGAAUCGCCACAAUUGCCUUGACCCCCGAGGCCACCCACUACUAUUGA